AUGUUAAUUUCUGAGGAUAAUAUUAUUAAAAGUAGUGACUAUAUAUCAUCCUUUGAAACAAAUAAAGAAAAAUUAGCAUUAUUUAGAAAUAAAAAUUUAAGCAGAAGAGUAUUUGUAUGGAAUAAGUUGAAAUUUUUACCAAAUAAUAAUGAACAAAACUUCCAGAAGUACAACAUAAAUAAUGAAACAAAUUUGCAAAAUUAUAUUUCCGAUAAAAAUACUUCUUAUUCUUGUGAUAAUGAUAAUAAAUGUGUAAGAUUUCCUAGGCGUAGUGGAGCUGCGUCGGUGUUAUAUAAAAAUUAUAUAUAUAUUUUUGGAGGAUAUAAAUCAAAAAAAAGAUUAAAUGAUUUUUAUAAGUACAAUAUUAUAGAAAAUAAGUGGAUAAAAAUUAUUGAAGAAAAUUGUCCAUCUGCAAGAGAGAAUAAUCCAUCCUUUUUAUAUAAAGGAAAAAUGUAUAUAAUUGGAGGUUAUCAAGGAAAUAAAAAUUGGUUAAAUGAUUUUUAUUCUUUUAAUUUAAAUAUUGAAAAGUGGGAAAUUGUUGAUGUGAAUGAAAAAAGUAAAGUAAAUGCUCCAUCCUCUUUAUUUGGUUUUGCUUUAUCUAUUGAUGAAUCCAAAGGGGUAUUAUAUUUAUUUGGAGGUUUUGAUGGUUUAAGAUUACACAAUAAAAUGUAUGCUUAUAAUAUAGAAAAAAAAAAAUGGAUAUAUGUAAAUGAAAGUGGUGAUAUACCUAGUCCUAGAUCAUGUUCUGUUGGUCAUAUUUGUGAUGGUUAUUUUUAUUUAUUUGGUGGUUUUAGUGGAGAAAAUGCACUUAAUUGUUUAUAUGAAUAUCAUUUAAAAACGGGUAUUUGGACAAAAAUGAAAUAUAAUAUGAAUAAAGAGACAUUAAGAAAUAGUAAGCUAAUAUAUAAUAAUGAAAAGAAAGGAUGUUCUCAUAAUAAAAAUAAUUAUUGUGAUAUUCCUAUUCCCAGGUAUUUUUCAGGGUCCUUUUUACAUAAUAAAUGUAUAUAUAUAUUAGGAGGCUAUAAUGAAUAUUCAGGUCGCUUAAAUGAUUUUUAUAAAUUUGAUAUACAUCAAAGAAUAUGGACACAAAUUAAUACAACAAAUAAUUUUUCAGGGAGAAGUAAUAUGAAUCUACAUCUUUAUAAAAAUGUGAUAUAUUGCAUUGCCGGGUUUGAUGGAGAGAAUUUUUUAAAUGAUGUCUAUGCGUUGAAAUUAGAAAAUGUAUAUGUUCAACCUUCUUCCUUACUUAGUAGCUAUAAAUUUAUGGUUAAUAACCCUAGAUAUGCUGAUGUUAUUUUUAUUCUACAAAAUCGCUAUAUAUAUGGUUGUAAAUCCAUUUUGUCAGCAAGAUGUCCUAGUUUUAAUUCUAUAUUUGACUUGCAUUUCACAAAAGAAACAACAGGGAUCUCGCAUAAUAUCAUGCCUAUACCUAUUAACGAUAUACCAUAUGAUAUAUUUUUAAUUGUUAUAAAUUAUUUGUAUACAGACGAAUUAUCUUUGAAUUAUUCAUUGGAAACUUAUACCAAAAUUUUAGUUACUGCAGGGAAUUUUAAUAUUUUUAGAUUAUUACAAUUAUGUGAACUGAUUAUCAGUAAUCACAUAAAUGAAAUAAAUGUUUUAGAUAUUGUCCUUUUAAGCUAUAAAUAUAAUUGCAAGCAAUUAUGUAAAUUUUGUUUGGAUUUUAUAAUUAAUAAUAAGUUGUUAGAUGAUAAUAAAAUCAAUAGAUUAAUAAUAGAACCAUAUUUAUUAGGAGAAAUUUAUAAAAGAUCCUUAUGCAAUUAA